AUGGCGGAAGAAAGCACCUCCGAUCGAGUGCUUCGUGAGGUCAAGGCGGAGUUGGCCGGUACGCCAUAUUGCUUCGAGUCUGCCCGACUUCUCAGUGGAGGAACGACAAACUUCAUAUUUCAUGUGAAGCUGCAGCAGCCGCUGUCUAAUGGGACUGUUGAGAUAGCCGUAAAGCAUGGUGAGAGCUUUGUCGCCCAGAGUCCCGGCUUCAAACUUCCCACAUCAAGAUGCCGGAUCGAGGAAAGCUGCCUGCGAGAACUCUCGGCGUUUCCUCCAUACUCCGGUCACAAGACCAGCGUAGCAACUCCGAAGCUUUUCUACUUCAAUGAAGAGACCAACACCCAAGUUCAGGCAUACCAGCCAAGCCCGCUGAGCCUCAAGAACUAUGCCGUUCAGUACUUCGCAGCGUCCACCUCGGAAUCAGCAACUUUGGAAUCAGUCAAGUCACAAUGCCUCGACAUUGGUAACGCUGUGGGUACGUGGCUGCGGUCAUUCCAUGACUGGAGCAACUCGGAAGAGCAACUCAAGUUUCGCGAUCUCGCCGCAGGAAACAAGGAAAUGCAGACGCUUAAGCAAUGGAUGAACUAUGAACGACUCCCCAACUCCAUCACUAGAUUUCCAGAUGUUCUGGGGGACUGUAAUGAUGUCUUUGCGGACAUUGUGGACAGCGUGAAAAAGGAGAUGGUAGACGACAAAAGCCUGCAAGUCAUCCACGGCGACUUUUGGACCGGAAAUAUUCUGCUAGAGGGCAAACCCUGGGAUGAUGAGCAUAACCGCCUUCUCGUCGUUGAUUGGGAGAUGUGCCAACUCGCAGUCAGGCCCCUUGACCUAGGCCAGAUGAUUGCGGAACUAUACGAACUGAAGCUGUAUAAAGACAUGGAAGCUGGUGUCUGGUUGACCCAAGGUUUCGUCGAGGGGUAUGGCGCAGUGGACGACGACUUUGUCUUCCGAACACUACUUCAUGUCGCCGUCCAUCUCAUCGGCUUUGGCACGACAGUGCAAGGCUGGGGCACGCAAGACCAGGCGAAGACAGUGGCAUCUGAGGGACGAGAUAUUUUGAAGAAUGCUUGGGCGAAGAACCGUGUAUUCUUUGAGAAGCACCCCCUAGGCUGCAUCUUUUCAUGA